CACCCAUUCUCGACACCCUCUCUCUGGAUGAUAGCCCCAGGCCCUCCGCCUCAGCCCCUUGGACCCCUGUAGUCUCUGCCCUGCUCGGACGCUCUGACCCCAGCCUCCCGCUUCCGAGAAUCCCAUUCGAACUGGGACUUCCGUCCCACCCCUUCCGUAAUCUCCUCCGCCAGGCAUCCCCAACCGCCCCCAUCUCAGGUUGCCGAGAAUCCCAGGACCCCGCGUUUCCCCUUCCCCGGAUCUCCUCGGCCCCGCCCCCGGCCCCGCCCCCUCCCUCGCGUGGUCCACGGACGACUCGCGCGGCACCGCGCUCCCCCUGCGCCCGCCUCUGCGGCUGCGCGCUGGUGGGGCCGAAGCUGAGGGGAGGGGGUCGUGCUGGGGGCGGGCGGAGCUGCUGUGGCGGCGGCGGGAGACGGAGUGAGCCCGGUGGCUGCGGGCAGACCCGGAGGGAACGGAGGUAGUGGUCAUGUCUCGCUACACGAGGCCUCCCAACACGUCCCUGUUCGUCAGGAACGUCGCGGACGCCACCAGCAGUGCCAUUGGGGGACAGUCAAAAUCUAGGAGGCCUGAGGACUUGCGCCGUGAGUUUGGUCGAUACGGCCCUAUAGUAGAUGUUUACAUUCCACUUGACUUCUACACCCGCCGCCCAAGAGGAUUUGCUUAUGUUCAAUUUGAAGAUGUUCGUGAUGCUGAAGAUGCUCUAUAUAACCUCAAUAGAAAGUGGGUAUGUGGCCGUCAGAUUGAAAUACAGUUUGCACAAGGUGAUCGCAAAACACCAGGCCAAAUGAAAUCAAAAGAACGUCACCCUUGUUCUCCAAGCGAUCAUAGGAGGUCAAGAAGCCCUAGCCAAAGGAGAACUCGAAGUAGAAGUUCUUCGUGGGGAAGAAAUAGGCGGCGGUCUGAUAGCCUUAAAGAGUCUCGACACAGGCGAUGUUCUUACAGCCAGUCUAAGUCUCGUUCCAAAUCACUCCCAAGGCGGUCUACCUCAGCAAGGCAGUCAAGAACUCCAAGAAGGAAUUCUGGCUCUAGAGGACGGUCAAGGUCCAAGUCCUUACAAAAAAGGUCCAAGUCUAUAGGAAAAUCACAGUCCAGCUCACCUCAAAAGCAGACAAGCUCAGGAACAAAAUCAAGAUCACAUGGAAGACAUUCUGACUCCAUAGCAAGAUCCCCAUGUAAAUCUCCCAAAGGCUAUACCAAUUCUGAAACUAAAGCACAAACGGCAAAACACUCUCACUUUCGAUCACAUUCCAGAUCUCGGAGUUAUCGUCAUAAAAACAGUUGGUGAACAGCAACAGAACAGUGCUACGUAGUCUUUCAUAUAAGUUAUUAAACCUCUCAUUAUGUUAAAUAAAAAUUCUUUAAGGCCUACAAAAAAUGUGAGUUGGCAUUAGUUACUUUGGGCAUGUGCAAGAAAUAAAAUCUCUCUAGCUUGGGUUAAUGAAGAUUUGCUUUUGAUUUGUCCACACCACAAAUUAUGAUGUGAGUCAUGUCCCAUUUUAUGGACCGUUUUUGUUUACAUUGUGGCAGAAGAGUACUUUUUAAAGGAAAUGGAUAAAAUGGAGCUAAUUCAACUUGGAUAUUAAGUAUUAGUAAUAAUAACUCUUACGAAAGUAUUUUUUACUUUAAAGCACUUUACUUUCAUGUAAAAAGUAAUUAAGACUGUAUAAUUGCAUAGGGCAAACUUAAAACUAUUUGACACAUAUCUCCUUUGUCUUUUCUCUUUAAACUUGGACCAAUUCCUGAUGCAAAUUAGUUCAUAUCAGAAAAAUCUGACAUUUCUAAAAAUAAUGCUUAGUUAUAUAGAGAUCAAGCAUUCAAAAGAUAAUUCUUUCCUGAGCUCAAAAAUGAUUUUAUUUUUACUGGGUGAAACAGUAUAGAUAAGUUAACAUUAAAUUGCACCCUGUACCACGUUCACUCACUUCAGAAAUAUCAAAACAUUUUAAAAAUACUGAAUUUUGAAUGGUUGGAGACUACUCUAAACAUUGUGUGCAACACUCCAAAAAUAUUAUAUUAAGCCUUAUACAUUUGAAGAGUGGUACAUUUUGUAUAAAAACCAUAUUUUAUACCAUUAAUUCUACAUAUGUACUUUUCAUCUACUGCUUAACAUUUUCUUUUUAGAGCUCUAGCUCAAGGCUUUAAGUUGUAUAGAGUAAGUCUUACUUAUUUUUGAAAGUGUUUAGUACCUUGUAUUAAGCAACUCAAGACUGCAUCCUCAAAAAAACAACUUUGCAGUAUUGGGAUUUACAUUACACUGCCCUUCAUUUUUUUAAGCCAAAUAACUGAAUUGAUAUUCAUUGCUUUUGUAGUGGUUAAAACCGAGAAUUUCUUUAAAAAAUGUGUUUGUAGUUUCUGUUUUUCAGAGGGUUUUGGUAGUAUUUGUGAUAAAAUGGUUUUGCAUAUUAUUACAGGGGGUAUAUUUAUAGAAUUCUGCUUGUGUACCUUGUUGAAUUAUAUUGAAAAUUAAAAAUUCUCAGCCCAUACAGUUAAUAUUUGUAUCUAGAGUGCUUCAGAAAAAAAAUGUCUUCUAUUUUUAGCAUAUAGGAGCCAAUGUUGCUUCUAUUUGUUUUGAAUACAAAUUCCACUUUUUUUUUUGCAUUUUACAUCCUAUGUUUAAGAAAAAACUUUACAAAAUAAUUUAUAUGAUGGUAAUAUUUAGACAAGUACUGUAAAUUCGUGUAUACUGUACUUUCUGAAUAUAGGUUUUCUCUAAUCAUAGCAAAAUUUAUUUCAAAACUAUAGCUCUUUGAAGUGUUUGAAUGUAAUAAAAUUUAGUUAUAAAAUGUGGCACCAUUGAAAAUUGAAAGGAUAGUCUGAAGAAAGCAAGACAAAUAUUAAUAUUAAUUUUUUGUAUUUCCUAAAUAAAUAUUUGGGUUUACACACACAUAUAUGUAGUUAUUCCAAAUACUCACUAGGAAUUGAUUAUGUUGUCUCUACUCUGCAUUCAAUCAUUCUAUCUUAGUAGAAAGUUAAUAAGGCAGUGUUUCUGAACAUACUUAUCCUUUGAUUUACCUCUGAUUUGGUUUUCCAUUGUAAUUCCUAGGCUGCUUUGGAGGAUACUGUUUGGUUCGAUGGAAAACUGGAAUGAUAAUAGUCCAGACUUUUUUGAGCAUUUACUUGUGCUUAGCAUUGCUCUCUGUUUUACAUUUUUCACUCAUCACAACAGCUUUAUGAGGUCAGUACCAUUGCAGAUAAGGUAAGUGAGAUGCAGAGAGGUUAAAUGACAUGCAAGGUCACACAGCCAUUAGGCUUUGGAGCUGGGUGGUGACUGGGCUCCAUCCUGCCCUCCCUGAUCACCAGCUUGUCUUUUUGGAAAAGUCUUUGACAGAUACAUGCUAAACUAAGAUAAUGUUUAGAGGGAAAGGAAAGAAUAGAUUAGGAAAAGAAAUUAUUAUAGGCUUCAGUGAAAAAGGGCUCUGUGACAGAGUGGAAAUUGAUUGGCAACUGUGCUGAUAUCCUAGAAAAUUUGUCUUCUGGGUGUAUCUACCCUAGGGUUCACUUUUGCUAUAGAAUUGUUUCCUGGACCAUUUAGGAGAGGGUGGGUACUUAGGGUAAGAUUGUUAAAUGUUUGGCACAUUUGUGCUCAUUUCCUUUAAAGAUAACCUGUUUACUCAGGUACAUUGCAAGUUUAGUGUAGGGGCACCACCUACCUCCCUUGUUCAGGGUUCACAGAGGAUAAGUUAAUGCAAGAUGGCCACUACGACUGCUUGUUUUCUUUUUCACCAUGAAUAAUACACAGAUAACUUAUAGUAGCUGGUAUUUUGUAGCUGUAAACAGAUAAUAGGGUAAUAUGCUAAUUUUUUAAUCUGCAGUCGGAUUUAACCUUGUGCCACUGGACUGUUUUUAAAUAUAAAAUAUUAGCUAAUUUCAGGACUUUAUAUGUUAUCUGGGAUGCAUUUAUAUAUAUCUUGAGAUACAGCUAUUCUAAGACCUACUGUUGUAUUACAAAUAUGAAUUUUUGCCUUUUCUGAUUUCACUGCAUAAGGUAAAAUUAGUCAAAGUUUAAAGGAAGAAGUAUUGGAGUUCCCAUUGUAGGGCAGUAGGUUAAGAAUCCAACUGCAGUGGCUAGGGCCAUUGUGGAGGCACAGGUUCAAGCCCUGGCCUGACACAGUAUGUUAAAGCAUCAGGCAUUGCCAUAGCUGCCGUGUAGGUCACAGCUGUGGUUUGGAUUCAAUCCAUGGCCUGGGCACUUUUCAUAUUCUUCAUAUCUAGGCCCUAUAGAUUUUCAAACAAGUCCGUGCUGCCAGUAGUUUAAGGACCAGUGGUUCAGUGAGACAUAAGGGUUUUAGUCUCAUAGAUUUGAUUAGAAAACAUUUAAGUAUUAAAAUGAGGAUUAUGAUCCUGAGUAUCUAAAUCACUCCCUUGAUAAAAACAGGGUAUUUAGGAUCAUAGCAUUACCUCUGGCAUUGGUCUACCAGGUCAGUUUAGGCCCUCCAGAAAUUUUUUAUUUUGUGCUUUUAAAAAGAUGCUCUUAAAGUUAAGCAAAUUAACUGCAGCCUUAUGCAUCCCAGGCCAGACCCAUUGCCCCACAUAGCCUUGGGGGAGUUAGGACUUUAUUCCUGAUUGGUCCCCAUUGCUUAGAGAGUGCCCCUAAUGCAUUGAUCCCAUCUCAGGAACACACUAGAGCUUAGGACAGCCCACAGGGAAGGUGGUCAGGCUACAAUUGAUUGGUUGAUUAUGAUUACGGAAUUAAAUUGGACAUCUUUUUAAAAAGAAGCAAAUUAAGCAUAAAGACAUUGGAGUCAAAACCUUUUUAGAAAUAAAGCAUUCCCUGAAAGAAUUGUUAGAUAUUCCAGGUUGAUUAAACUUGCUUUCAAGUUAAAACAAUACUUUACAAUGAUGACUAAUACUUAAAAAAAAAAAAAAAAGGAAUCAU